AUCUGAGUUGCCUUAAUACAUCAGUCACAUAAAAAACAACAACGGUAAUGAAAGGUAAGGUAUAGUACUAAAGGAAUCUGUAACUAUAGUUGAUAAUGUUAAUAGAAUAUGAAUAAAAAGUACACUAGUACAGUACCUCUAAAUUUCUUUCCUUCGCUUGCGUCGGCCAUUUUUGUUUUCUUCACUACUAGUUACCAGUCCUGUACUCCUGCACCCGAGAUUCAAUAUGGACUCCAAAUCGAACACAUUUCAAUGAUUUCAUUACAAUUUAUUUCAUGUUUUUUGAACACUACUUGAAUUUAACAAUACUUGUCGAAAGGAAUAUUUGUGUAAGAUGUACCACAAAGGCUCAAAAGAGAAGCCGCGAGGUAUUGGUUUUGGAGGAUUUACAGUGAGUAGCAAGCCAAAACAACCAGCACUGCAUCCGUCUCCUGCAGUACCAGCUUUUGCACAACGUACGGUGAAACAGAAAGCUCCUGGACACAAGGAAAAUAUCGCGUUUAAAAGACCGUAAGUGUUAACUUGAAUUUUAUGAAGUUCUAUUUCUGUCAACACUAUUUGAAUAAUGAAUUAUUGACGUUUAUUUGAUACAAUGUUCUCAGAUUGAGGUCAUCCUGACUGGAAAGUUUGGAAAUUGCGCGGCCGAGAUUUCGAAAAUUUAAUAGUAAAUAUAUAGAAACCAUCAAAAUUGUACACCCAAUAUCUCAGCUGCAGAAUGUUAGAUCACUGACUGUCGCAACAAAACAAAUUUUUCGAUGAUGAUUGAUGAAUUACAAUAGGCAGUUAAACAGAAUCGACAUUGGUGAGUGUUGCUGAUUAAUGAAAACCAGCCUUUAAAUGCACCCAACAUAAGGGUCACAUCCAUGUUCAAGUUGCCAUGCAAAAUGUCAAAUCGAUGUUUUGGGUGUGCAGGUGGGUCAAAAGUAUUAUUCUGUGAUGUUUUCACAAAUUUCACCAUUGCAAAAUGAAUAUAUGUUUAAAAAAAUUUAUGUUAUAAUAACCUAUGCUGUGUUUGAUGUUUUCAUGGCUGGCUGAGCGUGUUUAAAUAAAAACAUCAAUUUGAUGUUUUGUAUAUUGAAUAUAGAUAUGAUCCCUUACCCUGUCUAUGUACCUCCCCCAAUUCCAUUCCCUGUGCUCUCCAAUGUUUUUUUUCCCAAUUCACCCACUCUCUUUCCCUCCACUCCCCAGUUUCUUUAUUUUCUAGUUCCCCCAUUUCCUUCCCCCACUCCCUGGUCCCCCAACUACAGGCCUUGCCCUAAGAAAAUUGCGCGGGAGCGGUUAAUCGCGUGUGCAAAAUACAUUGCGCGCGCUACUGUGAAGCUACUGUUUUGUGAGGCCCCCCACAUAUCUAGAAAUGACACAAUUUGCAAAUAAUCUUGUUGAUUUACAAAUUAAAACAUUAACUGCCUUCAAAAAAAUAGGCACUCAAGCAGUGUGUAAGGAUUUGCAAAAUAAUGCAAGAAGAUAGAAAAAUAUCGCCCAAAAUGUAAUAUAACAAAUCACAACAUCAUGACUGCAGACCUGCCAACCCUUGAGUAGCAGAAAUAGUGAGUUGCUAUCUAAAAAGUCGUGAGAUUGACUGAAAAAUCGCGAGACUUAGAAAUUUUCAGGUUAAUUUGCUCAUUAAUAUGACCAGGGUUAACUUUAACAACACUAGAAAAUAAUCAAUAGAUAUUCAAUCUUAUGAUAGUACGCAUUUAUAUUUUGUUAAUAUAACCGUAAAUGCAAGGCUUAUUAAAAAUAGGCUGUUUUUUCUUUAUGGCUUUAGUAGCUCCCAGUGUCAGUACGAGUUCCUUGGGGAUAUAACGCAAUAUCUGUACAAAAACAAGAAAACUACGAGUAAUAUUAAGACUAGCAGGACAAUAAACUUAGCAGGACGCGCCUUUUACUUUGUAACACAAACAUCACACAUACUAAAUUCUGGCGUUGUACAUUGCGCAUUAUUAAUACACUAAUAAAGUGUGAUGUUUCCUUGGAAGAGUGUGCCUUAUUGUAACUAGAUGUUGCGCUCUUCGAUGAUUUUUUAAAGUUCUGAAAAUCGUGAGAUUUGGGGACUUAAUCGUGAGAUUGUGAGAAAGCAUAAAAAAUCGUGAGUCUCACGAUUAAGACUUGGCAGGUCUGUGACUGGCAGAUCUUUUCUUUGAAUGUCAACUUUUGUUUAAUAACUAUUAUAUUCAAAAUUAAUCUACUGCAACUUUUAAAUGGCUUUAUUACUGCCUGAAAGAUAAAAGAAAAACUCGAUUUGUAGAAAUGUUGAAGAUAUUUAACGUUUGGAUAAAAAACAACAAAAUUGUUUCGAUGUUUCCACAUUCUGCAACAAGCAAUUACAUUUCUAAUUCAUUUCCAAUAAAUACGAAUGAAAAAUGGAACAAUACAGUUUUCAUAAUGGAAACACCACUUUUAAAUUUAUUUUAUAACUCCGCUCCUGAGUUUGUCUUUCAGGACCUUUGCCAUUUGCACUUCUAGCACAAAACAGUCAUAUAUUCCUUCGUUUAGCCCAAAGUAAGUGGUAAAAGCCCGAAAGAUUGCGAAUAACUUUAUAACAAAUUCGCUCCAUUCUGGAACAAAUAUUUAGUUUGCGCACGUGACGAAUCACUUGCUUAAGCAAUCUUGGGCGCAUGCGGGCGCGCGCCCCUUAGAGCAAGGCCUGCAACUAUACCUACCUGUCCUACCUGGUCCCCCUUAAUCUCCAUUUUCCCCAUACCUUAGCCUGUGUGUCAGGCUCUAUGCUUGAAAUAGAGCCUGCUACUGAAGUUAAUAAAAAUGUAUGCGUAUGAAUCGUACGCAAAAUUCCCAUUGGUCAGAAAUAAAUAGCCUUUCCCUAUAAGGUAAUAUAUCAAGAUGUUAUUUACAUAAUAUAAUAUUAAUAUUAUAUUCUGCACUAGUAAUUGUACUUUUGGUCGCAUUAAUUACUGCCUUUGCUGUCUAUAAAUACGGUCAAUAACUGUUAUUAUUUUUUUUCUUGCGGUCCGAAGUCAUAUUUUACGCUUUUCUGCAAUCUGAUUGGCUACGUGAGCGGUCCGUAUGAGCCCGUACGGACCGCGCGAGAUUUAAAGCCGUAGAGGCAAUGUUUUUAUUUUUCAAAAUUUAAAGACGAGUUUAAAGGCUACUUUUUAAAAUAUUAAAAUGUCUGCAGACGAUGAAGAACACAGUGAAAGCGAACUUUACUAUCUCACAAAAGAUAUUACUCUUCCCGAUAGCAUUGAUAGAAACGACGUUUUAUUUGGCAGCUUCAUUCGCGUGCGGGAGGAGUGAUUGGAGAAAUUCAGAGGAGGAAUUAAAAAAAAUAAAAAUAUUAUUUACCGGUAUGGUCGGUCCGUAUAGAGAAAUAUUUCUCUCGGUCUUAAAAACGUCCCUCGGCCUUCGGCCUCGGGCCGUUUUUAAGACCUCGAGAAAUAUUUCUCUAUACGGACCUCCAAUCCGGUAAAUAACAUAUAUUUAUUAUAUGGCUUUGCAGAAUCCUGGAUUCUGAUUGGUCGACGUGCGGUCCGUAAAAAUGCGUAUUCGGACUGUGGUCCGUAUUUCCCCGUAUCCGGACCGGUUUCCCGUAUGUCAAUUUGACAGGCUCGAAUUUGAUACGUUUUUACACGUUUAUAAGGUCGUCAUGUGAAGAAACAGGGUUUAUUUUAAGAAAAAUUUAGAACUGCACGUAUUAAGGAUGCUACGAUGCAUCACAUGUUUGGCUGGGGGUCAAAGGGUGUUUGACUGGGGGGUCAAAGGAUUUUUAUCUAUAUUUGACGUUGUAAAUUUAUAGUUAACGUUGUAGUUAUGAUAGACUCUUAAUUUAUAUAUAGGUGGUAAAAAAAGUUGUGGUUGGGUGCAGUGGUGUCAAGUAACGAAGUAAAUGUACUUCGUUACUGUACUUGAGUACUAUUUUUGAGAAGUGAGCAUGUAACAAAGUAAACGUUUUCUGCAGUACUUUUACUUGGAACGAAGUCGUUAAGAAGUAACGUUUUACUUCGUUAUUUUCAUUUUGUGGCGAAGUAUUUCGUUACUUUCUAACUUUUGUUUAAUUUUACGUGAUUUAUUUCUGAUUUAUUUUAAUUUUGGGAUAGGUAAUAGGACCUCUACAUGCGUCUGGGAUCUCUCGUUUGUGGCUUACUGAUAAGCAUUAUUUAUUUAAUGGAUUUCUUAUAUCUUCAGCGUGGUCUGGAAAGUAAACCAUGCCGUGAAAUAUUCUAUAUUCGGUGCACGCAUAUAAUGCUUGUGCUGUUUUGUGUCUUUUGUAUGUCAAUCCAUUGGAGAAGUCCCCCCCCCCCUCUACACGCUACAGACAAUAGUACUUGUACUUUUACUUUGUACUUCAAGCAUUUUUUAAGGAUACUUUGUACUUUUUAUUUAAGUACGUUUUGCUUCCAGUACUUUUUACUCUUACUCAAGUCGUUUUAUUGUUAAUUACUUCUACUUUUACUCGAGUACAAAUUCAAAGUAAUUUAGGCACCACUGGUUGGGUGGGGCCAGACAAACUCGAUUCUGGGUGGGGGAGCUACAGGUAGGGGGUGCCCCCAGAUUUUGAAUUUAGAGGCUCGUAAGUUCUGGCAAAGGUAUGUUUCUCCCAACCACCCACAAAAACUGUUUCAAAACAUGUAACUGGGAAUCAUGAAUACUCAAUAUAUAAUAACCUGGUCCCUCAUGAAUACCAGCUUUCAGGUGAAGAGGCUAACCUGUUUAAAUAAAGUUUUCCAAUUUCCAAUCCAACCUUAGGUAGCAAAGAAUGUUAGGUUCUCCCACUCUAAUCUCUUUUGGAUAGCUUCGCUCGCACCAAUUUUACCUCCUGUUCCAUUGCCCCCAGCACGUAUGUGAUUUGUGAGGAAAAUAUGAGGGUCUGGUGGUCCUCUCCCAGAAAACAUUUAGAUUUGUGAUGCUCAAUGACAGCAUUUCUGGCAUCUGGAGCAUCCACAAGGAAAACGAGUAAAUGAGAAGAAUGUUUUGAGGUUAUAUUUUUGGCAGUUGGUGACUGCACAUUUGAGUUUUAAGAACUGCACAAAUGGGUUUAGAACUGCACAUUUUGUGUAGAACUGCACGUUAUAAUAAACCCUGUGAAGAAAAAGUAUCGUUGGAUCAUUUUUAAGAAUAAGAAGUCUUGGAAAUAUUAAUAAGUACUUGUACCAACACAUAUUUCAUCGAAAAAGCUAAGAAAACAAGCCAUUUGAACUCUUACUGGCAACCGUAAGUUUUGGCGGGAAACUUUUUGGUUUGUUUACUUGUUUCAAAAGAUAAAUAACGAUGAAUUUAACGUCUUUAAUACCAUAUUCUAAACAAAUAUCAUAUAAACUGGGUUUAUGAGCAUUUUUUCUGGGGGUGGGGGUUACCGAAAAAGUAGUUCUAAAGCGAUUGUUAAUUAAACAUGCUUUUCCGUAAACAAUAUUCGGUGACGAAACCAAAUCUAAACGAAGAAAACUAGCAAAUAAAACAUAGCUCAAAAAUACCUUUAUAGCGCUCAAACAAAUAAAUGAAAAUCAGAAAAUGUGUUUAAGGAGCCAUAUAGUAAACGGUUUAUUAACCUCGUUUUGCUCAGUCUGUACGGGAUUAAAGUAUUUGCCUUCGGUUUAUCUGCACAGACCUCGCUCCUUCGUCGCUCGGUCUGUACGAAAACCUCAGGCAAAUACUGUACUUUGCUGUACAGACCUCGCUCUCGGUUAAUAACCCUUUAUUAUUAUUUAGUAUGUAAUUCCUGGCUGUUUAAUGAAAAUUGGAAUAUAUUUAUUUUCGAGAUGUUGGCAGAAAAAUUGACCGUUAUUGCAUGUUUUAAAUUAGCUUUGUAAUCUAAUUAACAAGUGCCGUUUUCAUUGGUUGUUAUUUCUGUGCAUCCAAAUUGACUGUCCAGGCUCUAUUUCUGAAAGCAUAGAACCUGACAUGCACGCUACCCAUACCGGUACCCUGGUCUCCCUAUCCCCUGGUUUCCCUUCCCCUUGGUCUCCCAUCCAUGUAGUUCCCCUACUGUACUUCCAGGUGCCCCACUUCCAGCAUUCCCCAGGCCCCUCACAACCACUUUUGGUUAACAAAAUUACACAAUAUCAACAACAACUUACUCAGUAACAGUAUAUAUAUAAUAUAAAAUAUUUCCAAAGGAAGGGGAAAAAUUGACCACGUCAAUUGCAGGCUCCUUUUUCUCCCAUUCGCAUUUCUCAUAGUCAUGUCAAUCUGCGACUUCAGCCCUAGAAACAUGUGUAGUGUCACAUGGUCAAAAAUCGCGAGCCUUUCUCACGAAGGUCUAAAUCUGCCAUUUUUGGAUACUAUUUUAUAAAGAGUCUAUAAACACCGUGAAAAAUCGAAGUGAUGUGAAAAUAAUUUUUCAAAUAUUUAACUGUGGUCUGUAAAUCGAUUUAUAAUGAUUAUAUUUACAACUAUAGUUAUAGAAAGUUUCAUUUUCACUAUCCCUGUUCUUAAUAAGGUUGCCACCCAAAAAUGGCGGCAUGAGAAAGGCUCAUUCUGAGCCACUGAUCCAGAAAGGCAGAAACAGAGCACUUUUUUUAUAAAUAUUAUAAAUGUAAAAAUAUUCACGUAGAUGAAGGGAAAAAAGGUUGAAGUACCAUUUAGGGACCCAAACACGCAUUACUGUGACACACUGACAUAUUUAAACAAAUAUUAACAUAAAAGGUGCACAAAAUUAAUUAACCUUUAGGAGCAAUAGACGGAUAUUGUCUGUCAGAUGGAUGAUGGAUCUUGACGGAUGAUCAGUCUCUAGUGAAUCGCGUUUAUCGCUACCUAAAAACUGGAACCCAAAGCUCAAGAUUAGAUUAUGGGCAAACUUGAGCUUUUUGGACUAAUUUUAGGGCGAACUUUGGUGAUGACAGUGACAGUGAUGAAGAUAACAACGCAGCUCCAUAUAAUGAUGAAGAAAGUGAGGUGUAUGAACCUAAACCAAUUGGAUCUAACGAUGGUGAUGAUGAUGAUGAGGAAGAUGAGCUCGAUAAAUUCAUGAUGGGAAUCGAGGUAAAGACAGUCGCAUGCAUGUGUUGUCAUCGGGUUCGGUGGCACGAUAGUCAGGGCAAGUGCAUUUCACCCCUCUGAGAUUGUGGGUUAAUCGAUUCUCGGCGGACUUAUGCCACUUAUGUGAAAACAGUCAGUCUGGGUACUCUGGUUUCCACCCACAGAGAAUAUUGACAUAGUGGGUUGGGAUUCAAUCAAUCAAUAAUUUAUUCAAAGUACUUAUGAUAAAAUCAAUAUCAAGGUUCUUGCAAGAUCCAGAGGUAAACCCUAUUUAAGGAUCCCCUUAUCCCAAUAAUUAUGGUAAAUCUAUGGAUUCGCCCCAAACGGACUCUUUCACUGUAGCUGUACUCCAUGAUCAGACAUGAAUCAUAUGGUGGCCAGAGGCUCCCUUAGAAUGCUUUCUACUCGAUCAGAUUGAGCUGCGUCCUUCGCAGUUAAGCUUCGCCUCAUCCGCAACACCCCCCACGUAUAAUACUUAUGAUACUUAUAAUAUAAUAUAAUAAUAAUAUAAUAUAAUAUAAUACGUAUAAUACUUAUGAUACUUAUAAUACGUAUAAUUACUUAUGGUAAUUGUUAGUCUGUCAAUUGUUGGUAAUAAGAACUAGAGAAAGGCUCAUGAUGUUACUAUAAUGUUUGUUGGCAAGAUGUCCGCAUUACUAGUAACCUCGUCACCAGGGCCUCACAGGAUGCACUGUCAGUAUACACAUAAUACAUUAUAAUCGUUGGAUAAGUUUAUACUGUAGCUGGACAUGUGAAAAGAAUAAAAAUCUGACGGAAAAGACCUGUACCAGAAAGCCAUUAGCGUCAUGGAAUGGACAAACGUGUUGUUUUAUAAGUCCCUAAGAACCCAAACCACAGCAACUACACGUUCACCCAAUACUACCUUUAAUGGUCUCCGACGUUUCCAGGGUGUUGGCCAGAAAAAAAAGUUUUGUCCGUUAACGUAAAUUGGGAAAGUUUUUUUGACCGAUCAAAGUCCUUGUGUAGGAAUAAAUAGUGUUUUUUUUCCCAACGUGUUUCUCCUUAGAUGCAAACAACGGUAGCUUGGUUUUGUAUAUUUCAUUUCCGGUGAAUGAACACGGAUGCACACCGAUUACACUUUGUUUUGUACAUUUCAUUUCAGUGAAUACACACCCAGUAUGAAUGAAACGCGAUUACAUUUUGAGAAAAUAAUUAAUGGGAAAAAGUAAAUAAAACGUUCUUUGAUCUAAUAAUAUAAAAUCAAACGCAAUGCACUUUCUCAUCAGAAAAAUGAAAGUCCAGUAGACCCAGUUGGGAAAGCCCCUCAGCUACUUCAAUUGGGAAGAGUCCGUCAAACGGACAGUAUAUAUGGGAUAGCUAACACCCUGGUUUCGUAGUGUAAUUUAAUCGCGAUUAUACAUUCAUUGCGUAUCAAACCAGAGUAGCGAAACAUAUCAUAUUUUACCAGGAUGCGGUGAGCUCACUUUUAGUUCUAUCAAUUAUUGUUUUAAUCAAUUUUCUAGCAAGAGGUAGAGAGAGAAAAGAACUUAUCAACAGCGCAACAGGAAGAAAAAGCGAGUAAAAAGUAAGGAAACCAUUAGGUCAUCAUUUGGUGAUAUCAUAAAUUUAAGCCUCAAUGAGCCCUUUACAAAGGAAGAGUGUUGAGCAUGGAUUUAUCACAUUUAUUUAAUAAUAUGCGUUAUAGUAUUGUACAAAGCUCAGCCAUGGCUCUAAAGGUUCACUUACUUGCUCAAAAGAGGAUUAUCCCCUCGUCGCGGCUUUCGCCAGGUGGUAAUGUCCGCCCGGAUAUUUAUACCACGCACGCUAUCAACAAACGUAUGCAGCGACUGAUACAAAAAUUUGAUGGGGAAAAAUCUGGCUGCCAACAUGUUUUUCAAGAGUUAAUUGGCAUUUUUAUAAAGAAUGCACUAUAAAAAACGCCACAAAGUAUCUCUAUCCAAUCGACUAAAACUAUUUAAUAUAUUAAAUGCUAAUUGUGAAAUGUUAUUGCUGGGAAAACAUAUUUACCCUAUUUAUACUAACAGUUUCGUUAUCUUAUUUUAUUCAGUUUUAGUCCCAGACUGACCUGGGUUUGUCUUCUCGAGUUUGCGACCUUUGUCAUCUAUUGUUCUUUAUUCAUUGUCAUGUUUACCGUCACUUCCCCCUGGUCACUUCCUUCACAUUUUGCUCAGUCGUGGUAAUCCAUUCAUCUCUAUACUCCGUCCUCUGCCUUCUUCUGUUCCGCUUUACUGUAAUUCCAACUGUUGCCCUUUUGUUCAAUGUUAUCCCCAACACCUCUGACCAUGCUCUAACACGCUCCAAUUUGUAUUACACGCGUAAAAAUCAUCAUGUUGAUGCAAGUUGUUCAAAACAGGAGCGAACAAUGUUGUGCUGCACCCCGUGAACAAUAUUGUUAACAAGUUGUUGAACCAUCAACAUUGUUGCAACUUGUUGACAAUCAUGUUAACAACUUGCAACAGUACUGAUGGUUGAACAACUUGUUAACAAUAUUGUUCAUGGGGUGCAGCACAACAUUGUUCGCUACUGUUUGAACAACGCCGAACAACCUGAUCAAUUUUUACCCGUGUACGUGCCCAUACCCCGACGGCCUUGUUCUCUUCACUUCUUCUUGUCUCUUCAUUACUUUUCUUGUUCAUUUGCCAUUCCGAAGUUGAUGAGAGGACUGGGGACGAGUGUUAAAAGUGCCCAAAUUAACAGCUGGGCAUUUUGUACGGAGCAUGCGCGAAAAAAUCAAUAUGGCGACAAAUAUUAGGAGUGCUUCGUGGAUUUAUCUGGUUUUAAAGCUGAUAAAACAACAUUUCAAUGAACGAAAACUUUGUAAUAUUUAAUGGAAAACAUUAAGCUAUGCAAUCCAAAGGUUUUAAAUUAAAAAUAAGUACUUUUGCUUUAUUUUAUUGCUUUUUAUGCUUUCAAAAUAGGCAAGCUCAUCAUUUUUUUUGAAAGAAUCUAAACUAAUAUUUUACCCAUCAUUUGUUUAAUCUGAACAAAAAUAGAUAGAACACUUGGCUACAUAAGUUAUAAAGGGAAUUGGUAGCUGAUCUGAAAGAUUUCAGUAUUCCUGGUACACAUUUUAACAAAGAAUGACUGUAAUUUUAAAAAUUAAAUAUGCAUAUCAAAAACAAUAGUUUUUAUUAGAACAACACAGAAUUAGUUGUUAUUUUCUAUUUUUACAAAAACAAGUUUGGAAACAGAAUCUGGUCCUCCAGCUUGAUGUCAUAUUCCAUUUAUUUGGAUAUUUGAUUAAAGGAAUGUGAAAUAAUAAUUGAAACUUGUCCAAAAAUUGGUACCAACACUCAAGUGAACAGAUACUAUCACCUAAAAAUAAAAGAAAAUAGAACUUAAAUUUGUCAUAUAAUGCUAUGAAAAAAUCUUAGAUACUACAGGCAUAUAAAGAGCACAACUCUUUAAUUUAUUAACAAACUCACUAAAAUAAGUUAAGUUAUGCUAUGAUAACAGGAUGGCAAUAUAUGACAACAUCAAAUGUUACCAUCUUCAUGCGCAUUUUUCCCAGCAUACCCACUAACUUUUCCAUGAAGGUUGACUAAUAAGGAUAGUUUUAAGCCAUAUUUUGGAGAGAGGCAAUGGGCAAAAUUUUAAGAUAUUUUUAUUUAUAUGCCAUAUCACCACAGAAUUUCACAAAGCAAGCAUGCCUAUAUUCAGGAUUGCCGUUAGACUCUUAAAACUGAACAAAUCAAUACGGCAUUUUCUAUCUCAUAACAACCAAUACUUGAACAUUUUCAAAAGCAUUUUUGCAGCAAUUUUUACUUUAUAACAAACCAAUACAGGAGCAAUUUCAUAAGCAUGACAACAUGACAUUUUCACUUCACAAGUGGAUUUGUCAAUUACAACAUCUAGCACAUUUUUCCCAUGAAUAGCUCAGGUUUUAAUAAAACAAAGUAUGAUUUAACUUUCAUAAAAUAUAUUUUCUAACUGAAGGCAACGGCCAGUUUUUACGAAAUUGCAAGAGGAAUAUGUGUCAUUUUCAUCAAAAUAUGUAUUUUAAGACACUUCUUAUUCCAGAUGAGGAAGGACAAACAAAUUAUUGAACAUACCUGUGGAAAUAACAACAACUCAGCUUCUAUCAAGAGUAAGAUAUGAACACUUCCUUGUUUCCAUACUGCUGUACCCUGCUUCUGAAACUCUGACAAUGAGUGAAACAUUUCCACUUGUCGCCCAUUUGUAAAUAAAAAUUCUUCGCACGUUUUCACGAGAUUAAGUCGUUAUAUCGUUGCGUACAAGCACUACAACUUAAUCUUUCAAGAAACACUUUAUUUUCCAUGAACAAACCAAUAAAAGAGGACAAAAAAUCCUCUCACAAUGCAUAUUUUCAGCGUUCGAAGAAUCAAAAUGUUUGUUAAAGAAAUGCGCCCGCAAUAUUUAGACAGCGACAACAGAAUGCCCAGCUGUUGCCCAAAUUAAGAAAUGAACCAAAUAACUAAAAAGACCACCUCAAAAUUAGUAAGUAUGCAAAGUUUGAAGACGUUUACAUGAAUACUCUUCGAAUAAUAAGCUUUCGAAAAUGUGAAAUUACUGAUUAAAAGAUUGUUUUUGGGACGCGCGUCCCAAAAACAAAAAUUACAAUACAAUUCAUAGUAAAUAUCACGAUUUCCGAAAGCUUAUUAUUCGAAGUAUAUUCAUGUAAACGUCUUCAAACUUUGUAUACUUACUAAUUUUGAGGUGGUCUUUUUAGUGAUUUGGUUCAUUUCUUAAUUUGGGCGCUUUUUAACACUCGUCCCCAGCCCACUCAUCAACUUCGGAAUGGCUAAUUAGCGAACCCAUUAGGAUCCAUCUCGUAUUACAUCUUCCUCCAUCUCUUUUUUCUUUUCCCAUCGACCGUCAUUCAGCUCCGUAUAACAACACUGGCCUCAGUUUUUAGAGAAAAGUUUAAAGAAAAGUUUGGUCUGACCUAAAUCACAAAUACUGGAGCCACUGCGGUGGUUGGUCUAGGUCAAUGUGAACAGUGUAAACGUAUCACGAUUACUUUGGCUUGCAGUGUAAACACGGCUGUAGAGAUUCCCAAUUUUGGAAUUUAUUUGAAAGUCAUCAUGAAUCAUUUUCAUGUACAUAUACAUUUAUGGGAAUAUUUCAAUUUCUUGCUGUUUAGAAGUCGACGAGAUGAUAUCGAAGAUGAAGAUGAUCAGGAAUCAUUCUUCAGAGUAAUGAAGGAAGUUCCACUUGAAUAUUAUCCUGAUGACGAUGAAGAAAUCGACUAUGACAGUGAUGGCAAUCCUAUUGCUCCACCAAGAUCGAAGGUACAUAGUGCUAGUUUUUAAAGUCAUCUGUAAGGUACACGCGAGAUCCACCCUGCAGUACUACAACAAUAUCGUACAAAAUAUAGACUAUAUUAAUGAUCAUGGCAAUCCUAUUGCUCCACCAAGUUCUGAGAUACAGUACAUGUUAAUGCUAGUCUAUAUAGAUUAUUGUUCUUCGAAGAUCUACUGUAAACUACAUGCAUGCUCGAAUGUAUUAGAAAGUUUUAGACCCACCCUGCAAUACUGCGCACAAUAUUUCGUACAAAUAUUAUAGCUUGUAACAAUGAUCAUAGUGAUCCUAUUGUUCCACCGGGAUCUAAGGUACAUGGUAAUUCUAGUCUUGAAAGUCAUCUGUAUAAACUACAUGCACGCUCGAAUGUAUUAGAAAGUUUUAGACCCACGUACCCUGCAAUACUGCGCACAAUAUUUAGUACAAAUAUAUUGGCUAUUGUAACAAUGAUCAUAGUGAUCCUAUUGCUCCAUCGGGAUCUAAGGUACAUGGUAAUUCUAGUCUUGAAAGUCAUCUGUAAACUACAUGCAUGCUCGAGUGUAUUAGAAAGUUUUAGACCCACCCUGGAGUACUACACACAAUAAUAUAUUGUACAAAACAGACAAAAACCAUGACCGGACGUUUGGCCGACAGACACUAGACCGACAGACGUUUGACCGACAGGACCUUUCACCGUCAGACAUUUAGCCGACAGGGCAUUUGGCCGACAAUUAAGACAUUUAGCCGACAGGACAUUUGGCCGACAAGACAUUAGGCCGACAGGACAAUUCACCGACAAGAUUUUUUCAAGUUUAUUUUCCAAAAUAAUGCUCACGGGUAACGAUGACUCAUUGGCUGGCCAAAUGUCUGUCGGUCAAACGUCCGCGCACCACUAAAACAGUGAUCAUGAUAAUCCUAAGGUACAUGUUGAUGAUAGUCUAUAAUUUUUUUCUCUUCCAAGAUCUACUGUACAUGCUUGCUUGAGUUAUACUUGAGUGUAUUAAUGAUCCAGGUGGCAAUAAGCAUGGCAAUCUUAUUACAGUACCUCGUAAUUGUGAUACGUUUCCACAGUUUCCCUUACCACAAGGCUUGGCUUAUAGCCAGGAAAGAAUUUAAAACGAUAUAUCCUACAGAUUAUUAGGGAGGUUAAGAUCUUAACGACAAACUACCGACUACGUUUGAAAUAUUUGUGUUUAUAUGUAUGCAAAUACUCAAUGUAUAUAUUAUCACAAAUUUAUCCUAAAUAGAAAUUAUUUGCCUGGCUUUGUGUUCCGGAAGUUUUAUAUUUAAAGCUCAUCACUUUUUUACAAAACUACUCUUCAACAUGCAACGGUGCUGCGAAUCUUUAUAACACAAGAACAUGUUGUUAGGUUGUAUAGUCAUGGUCGCUACGGUGAAAAGUAUGCUCUAGGGAAUACGUAAAUUUUAUUUGCCCCAGUGAAAACCAUAUGAAAACAAACAUUUAACCUUAGUCCGUAGCCUUUGUUCGUUAUCGGUAUCCUAAACUCCCUCUUUUUUAAACAAACUGUGAUAGCUUAAUGUUCUUUCAUUGUUAGAUCAUCGAGCCACUGCCACCUAUUGAUCACUCUGAGGUAUGUAUAUUGUUGACAAUACUCGCGUUUUUGUGAGAUAACCUGCGUUUAUUGAUGUCAUGUAUUUCGCUUUUUUAGAUUGAUUAUAAGAAAUUUUCCAAGAACUUUUAUGAAGAGCACGAAGAAAUUAAAAAACUAACAGAGGAAGAUGUCAUUAAAUUGCGACAGAGUUUAGGAGUGAAAGUAAGAGAGAGAUUACUCCAUGCAGGCUAAAAUCUGUGACAUUAACGGAAGUUGCGUAGAGUAUGAGAACUUAACGGGGAUGGGUUAUUGAUAACUUUCAUGAUAGAUUCUAUUCUAAAUAUUCUUUUGUACUGUAAGUAUAUAAUUAUAAUUAUAAAUUGGCAUUUUAGCGUCGUUAGGAAGAUAGAUUGCUUUUUAUUGCAGGCAUAGAAACGAGUUUAGAACCGAAGCGUUGGCCGCGACGAUUCAUGUACAUGUAUGGAAUAUUUCUCCACACUCAAUCAAAACAGGGACAUACAUACUUUUUCUGUUCAGAUUGAGCGAAUGUCGAGAAAUCUUCCACAAAGUUUUUUUAAGAGUUUAGAAAGUGGUGUGUGGGUUGAUGCCACUGGCCAAAGGAGAGUCUCUUGAUAGUGGAUGUGAAAAGAGUCGGUCAACGCUCUGUCGAAAGUCGUUGGUCGAAAGUCGGUUUCCUCCCAUAGGGAAAGUUGACAGGGUGGGUUCGGUCAUUUGCCCGACAAGGCUAGAUCGCCGACUAGACUUGGCCACCAACGGCACCUACCUCCAAACUCAGAUACUCUGCCGUUAAUUAGAAUAAACAUAGUUAAGAAAGUAAUAUCACAAUUGUUGUAAAAAUAAAUAGUCUAAGCUUAGUAGGUAAUAUAAGUAAGCGUAAUACUUGAUGUAAUCGGUCACUGAAUAGCCCCGAUGGGGCGUGAGCUGAAUAAUCAUAAUAAUAAUCAUAGUGGUCGGGAUAGGGCGUCUAUAUUCACGUCGUAUGUGGAGGCAUUAUGCCUGUUCUCCUAUCUGUCACCUGCUACUUCCGUUAAUGCAGAUAUGUUUGGAGGGUUAGGAGGGUCUAUUCGUAGAAAUUACAACUACAUAAUAAAUAUAUUUGUUUCAGGUAUCUGGAGCUCAACCACCACGUCCUGCUGUUAGUUUUGCUCAUUUUUGUUUCGAUGAAGCUCUGCUUAGUGCUAUAAGGAAGUCUGAAUACACGAAACCAACUGCUAUCCAAAGUCAAGUGAGUACAAUUUUGCAAAAUAUAAUCUUUGUCUGCUUUUUAGUAUGAUACUCAUAUUGGUUCGUAUUACAAUUGUAUAUAUUUUUGUGGGAAAAAGUCGUAAAAACAAUGUUUCAGAAUAUUUGUUGCGACAAGUAACCAACGCUUAUUCAAUGCGAUGUUUAUUAAAAAAUCGUAUCCGAAAACGCAGGAAAUGUAAGCUUAGUGGUACAUGUUAGCCUCAACCCGAGGCUAGAAUGCUGCUACUCAUCAUCUUGAACAUUUUCAUUUCGUACACUAAAGAUGGUGGAAAGAGUGCCCACUACCCUGAGCUUUUUCCAGUGCCUCUGGAAACAUGAACGGAUCUGGGCUUAUCGCGCAAGAAGGUGCAGAUUUUUUUGUGGGAUGCAUAGUUGCCGUAAUACCACUGGAAUGUUUAAUCCCGUGUUAUUUUAGCAUAAUUUGACUCAACUGGUGGUCAAUCAUUGAACUGAGGUUAACUAAAACAAGAAAUAAACAUAAUGGCCGUUAACGCGUCUUAUAUGUAAACGAGUUUUCUUCGACUAUUAUCAAUUCAACAAUUGUUAAAUGUCCACAAAUGACUGUUGUAACAUUUCUGUCAUUUCCUUACCAGGCUGUUCCUGCAGCAAUAAGUGGUCGUGACAUACUUGGUAUUGCUAAAACUGGCUCAGGUAAAACUGCUGCUUUCUUGUGGCCAAUGCUGGUACACAUUAUGGAUCAGAGGGAAAUGCAGGAAGGUGAUGGUCCUAUAGGAUUAAUAUGUGCACCAACACGAGAACUUUCACAACAGAUCUAUUUAGAAGCCAAGAAGUUUGGAAAAGUAUACAACGUUCGAGUGGCGUGUGUAUUUGGUGGUGGUAACAAAUAUGAACAAUCAAAGGCUUUGAAAGAAUGCCCAGAAAUUGUUGUCGCAACACCAGUAAGUGACGUUUUUGUAUCUUGUUUCCCUAGAUUGUGGUCAAAUUACAAAUGUGCGGACACAUAUGGUGUCGUACAUGUAGUUUGUAAGAUCAGUACUGUACAUAUAGUUCGUUAUCACUGAUGAAGAUCCGGGCUUACGGAUCGAAAGCUCCGCAAAUAUUAAAUUUACGUGGUCUUCCCAGUAGAAGUCCUUGAAAGUCAUGGAAUUAAUUUCCUUAACCUCUAGCUGUGCCAACAUUAGUGAUUUUGAUUAAAAUUACUGAAUAAAGUGAAUUAUUUACGGCAAAUCCAUGCCAUUUUCAAAGAUUUUUCCCAGCUCUGGGUCCUUGAAUUUACUGAAAAAAGGCCUCGAACGUCCUGGAAAAGUCCUUGAAUUUCACCUUCACCAAAGGGUGGACACCCUGCUCUGAGGUUGUGGGUUCGAUUCUCUUCAUAGUUCCGGGUGCUCCGGUUUCCUCCCACAGGGAAAGUUGACAGGGUGGGUUAGGAUAAACACAGUUAGGAAAUUAGUAUCACAAUGGACCAUUUGCAUUAUAGACUAAAUUUUGAUCUAGACAAAAAUGUCAUCACAGCUUGAAAGAGCAUCACAAAAUUAGUAAUAUUCCAAAGUUUCGUUGCGAAAUGUUGUAAAAUGCGGAUAAUAUAGCCUUGCGAAAUUUGCAAUUUUCAGUCAUUUUGUAUUACAAACGGGAAAUUGAUGCCCAACACCCGAUUGGGCUGUCAAUUUCCCGUGCGUAAUGCAAAAUGACUGAAAAACGGCAAACUUCGCAUGGCUAUAUUAUCCGCAUUUUACAACAUUUCGCAACGAAACUUUGGAAUAUUACUAAUUUUGUGAUGCUCUUUCAAGCUGUGAUGAAAUUUUUGUCUAGAUCAAAAUUUAGUCUAUAAUGCAAAUGGUCCAUUGUUGUAAAGAUAAAAUAGUCUGGGUUAAGUAUAUAAUUAGAUAAGCGUAAUACUUGAUGUAAAGCGCAUUUUAUCAUAUCCACAUGUAAAUUUGUGGUAUAGAAAUGUUUAUAAUCGUAAUCGUAUAUAUAGGACGGGAAUGCUACCACGGCGGCAAACAAACUUGUUGAACUAAAUAAUUACACGGAAAACCUAUCGUCUAUUAACCAUCGUAUGCAAUUAAUACGGUUUAAGGAUCGAGGUUAAGACAAGGAUUUAUGGUCGAAAACAGUUCUAGGAUCCAAUUUGAAAUAACCGUUCUCCCAGCUUGAAAUUUAUAUAGCCGUUGGGUACAAGACGUAAUAAUCUGCGAUUUGCCGUUGUAAACAGAACGAGGACGACAUUUAAUAAUUUUAUGAGAUGUUAAUUAAUCAUUUCUUUUCUACAAUAUUAUGAUUGUCAUUAUACUAAUUGCCGUCGUAGAUGCAUUUGCGUCCUUCUUGCAUAAGGUCCCUAAUAGCGAUAGUUUAUAUAGUUUCUGAAGUGUAAUAUUUAAGGCUUCGUCCCCGUACUAGAUUUUAAAGCCGCUUCAAAUGCUUAAGUUCGCUCGUAUUUCAAUAGUGCAGGGCAAAUCUUAUGUCUUCUCAGUUCCAUUGUUAAAUAUUUCCAGGGUCGAUUAAUUGACCACAUCAAAGACAAAACCACAAAUCUUGAACGUGUCACAUUCCUGGUUUUUGAUGAAGCUGAUAGGAUGUUUGACAUGGGGUUUGGUGAGUUGUUGAUAAAUUCCAGUUUAGUAAUUAAUCCAAUUACACCCUACAUUUUAACACACUCACAAUUCUCUUUCAUUCUUUCUAGAACCUCAGGUUCGCUCUAUUGCAAAUCAUAUACGACCAGAUAGACAAAGUAAGUGAAUUGUUAACUUCGCCAGGAGGUUGGGUUUUCAUCCACGUUUUUCCCUUAUGUCUGUCUGUCCGUUUGUCUGUCCGUCCGUCCGUCCAUCCGUCUGCCUGCCUGCCUGCCUGUGUUCUUAUUAUCAGCGCAGUAACUUAAAAGUACCAAACGUAUUAAUAUGAAAAUCUGUGGGUCUAUGAACAUUGGCCAAGGACAAAGUGGUUAAAUUUAGAUGACAAUUGGAUGAAAAAUGAGCAAAAGUUUCUCUUGCUUUGCCGAUCAGAGUAAACUGAAUAUUGUGUAAUUAUGGGCGUAUGGCAAAUUUUUUCGGUAUGGGCGUAUGGCAAAUAUAUACAUGCAUACUAUAAAUCCUGGCCAAUAUUUGAAAAUGAAAAGAAGUGUUUAUUGAUUUCAACAGUGAAAAAAUCUCGGUGCAAGUGUAAGUAGAGACGAUAACAGACAGCUGCGGUGCAACUACCAGGAAAAUAUAAAGAGAACUUCGACGUGUCGAGCGAAGCCGAAGGCCCUUCGUCGGGAACUUCCGAAGCCGAAGGCCCUUCGUCGGGAACUUCCGAAGUCCUUCACUCGAAACGUCGAAGUUCUGCUUAUAUUUUUCAGGUAGUUGUAUCGACAUCUCUCUCACACCGCAGCCACUGAACUCAACGGCCUCUAAUAUAUAUGCAUGUAUUAAAAACCAUGUGUUGUAUAUAUUGUUGUAUGUAUAUCAACAUAUGUAUUUGUAUUGUUGAGGCCAUGAAUAUGCAUGUGCAUGAAUUGUUGAGACCAUGCAUGAGCAAGUGGUGUGUCUCGUUGAAACUGUUUUAUGUAUAUGCAAAAGAUUUAAAUUCAGCUCAAAUGAAUUACACGAACUACACGUAAAAUGUUAUGUCCAAUGUGAACAACUUCAUUCCAAUGAAACAGAGCAAGUUGUUAGCUUUUGCUAGGGCUGUUUGGUAUUAAAGGAAUACUAAAUCGUUUCCUGUUCAGGAUAGCGUCAUCCAUGCACGCGGGAUGUUGCGAGACUUUCGGAAAGCGUAAAAACACGAGCCGCAGGAGAGCAUUUGUUACGCUUUUCGAAAGUCGAGAAACAUUCCAAGUGCAUGGAUGAUGCUAUCCUGUACGGAAAACAAUUUGGUAAUUGUUGUAUAAAAUAACUAUACAGUGAAACAACAGUUAGCUUUAUUAAAAUGCUAUAAAUUUAAUAUUUAAACUUUAUUUAAACGGUUAACUUUAUUGUAAUAUGUUUAUUAUGUAACUUUAUUAACGUUUUUGUUAACUUGUCUCUCGUUUAUUAUUAUGUUAACAUUUUAAAAAGCCCGCGGGAAGGCUUGUAAAUUUCCCGUGCAGGAUUGUCCGAUUAUAUAAACCGAUAUACAGAAAAUAUCGGUAUUGAAUCCAUUAUUGGUACGAGAACAAUGAUGACCUAUAUAAACGUAGUUGCUGCCAGCGUUUGAUCUACACCAACUGGUCUGUAUAUAUGAACUUUAUGAGAUAUUUGUGUUAUUUUCACAGCUUUACUGUUCAGUGCAACGUUUAAGAAGAAAGUUGAAAUGCUUUGUCGAGAUAUAUUGACUGAUCCUGUUCGUAUUGUUGUUGGAGAGUUGGGUGAGGUAGGUCUUACAAUUACAGCGGGGUUCAAGCUCUCGUUCGCCAAAUCGCCAAAUGUAAAUAAAAAUUACAUUUGGCGAAAUAUUAUCAUUUCGCCAAAAAGCUAAUUCGCCGUCUUUCCAAGCACUCCAACAUAUAUUCGGAAAGGUUUUAUGAUAUAGUUACGAUUGCCUAUAAUUAGCUUGUAGUAAUGUUUAUUUCCCAAACCGGUUUGACAUAUUUUUACCAAUGGCCAAUCACAUGGGAGAUUCAAAUUCUGAACCUAGUCAAGUGUGGAAGUGUGACCAGAGACUCUUCCUUCUCACCUCUCGUUAAUUUCGCCUGGCAAAGAAUCUCUGGAACCAGGGUAAGGGAGGGGCUAAACACUUAUACAAUGUUGCAUUCAGACGAAGCAAUGUAAUGUUAAGUUGAGACUGCAGUCAAUACAGAAAAUGUACAUGCAUGUCAGAUAAUGUGUCUGCACUGAGACAAUGCUUUCAGUGCCUUUCAAUGUCACAUGCUGUCUGUAUCCAAUAGGUUUUCUUCUUUAUCUGGCGUACACUUUUCAACUUCAGUUUCCUCCAACUGUACGUAAUUAACUUGAUCAUCUUUCUUCACUUUGUUGGACCGUGAAUACAUAUCAAUCAACCAUUUCUUAGCUUCUUCCACAACUUCCAAGGCAGUCUUGCCAUCUUUAACCUCCUGAAGAAUUGCUUUAACCUUUCUCUCUCCUUCCCGUUUUGCAAGAGCUUUAGCCUCUUUCUUAAACGUCGAAAUUGCAGCUUCAGCUUCAAUCCUUUCGUAGUCCCGAAGAAUUGUUCCUGUACAUGUUCGACUGUGGGAAAAACAACAUUUCUCAAUAGCAUGAUAAAGAAAUGCCAGUGCUAUAGAUAUAACAAGCAUAAGCCAGGCUAAAACUGAUGAUAGAUUCUGCAUUUUAAUGGCAUCUCUAGACUUUUUAGCCUGGUUACCUCCAAGACGAAAACAUACAAAAUAGUCUGUAGUCGCAAAAGCAAGUAUAAGCCACAUGAAUCCAACCAAUGCUGACUUUAUCAAGAUGUGACAAACCGUCCGAUAUACAUCGACGCGGUCGACCUUUCCUCGAGAACAACUUGUUAAUGAAUCCCAAAAAGAUUUGCUCAACAUCAAAGUUAGCGUGGAUAAACACAAGGCUGGACCAAAUAAAAACAUCCCGCCAUACAACCCAUAACCUUCUUCAGGGCAAUUGUAAUACCGCGAGUUUUCCAACAACUUUUCCAAUGCCCAGAGACCAAGAAUUGAAACUAACGGCUUUAACGCUUUCUUUUUCGUCGAAGAAACGAAUUCCUGCCUAACCAACUUAAUCAAUGAAGUAGCCAUUGGUAAACGAUAUUGUGAUAGUUUUGUCACUUGCAAAACUUUUUAAAAGCAACUGUAAUAUAUAACAAUAUAUAAAUUAAAGUUGAUAACAUCAUAACACAACACGUUGUCGCGACUUUGACCCGUUUAUAAUCUGGUAGAAACAAGACAGGCAUGUUAACAGCCACCAAAAUAAUUCGCAAGAUAUAUUUGAUCGAGCGAUAAAUGAUAUUAUAUAUAGACAGCUACCGGAUAUAAGCUAUUCUGCAAUCUGAUUGGCUCUCUACUAGAAGAUAAAUGGAUACAAGCUUAUAUCCUGCUAGUAGAGAAAACAAGAUGGCGGCUCAACAAUUACCGAACGAGAUUUGCGAACGAGAAAACAACAAGUUAUUCGCUUUUUAUAGCCUUACUGUCAUUCCAGUUGAAGUGUUGCUCAAAUAUUGAUUCAAUACAUUACCUCGGGCUGACCAAUUCAUUUGAUCAAGUUCCUCGAGAUAUUCAUACACUUCCUUGAUCACUUCUGGUCACUUCCUUUCUAUUUAUGAUUGGUUAGUUGCACAAACAACAAAGGUGAUUGGUGCAUUCAAACUAUUCAACAGGAAGUUUACAAUUAUACUAUAGGAAGUGUAUGAAUAUCUCGAGGAACUUGAUGAAAUGAAUUGGUCAGCCCGAGGUAAUGUAUUGAAUCAAUAUUUGAGCAACACUUCAAUUGGAACGACAGUAACGGGAAUAAAAACAAAAUGAAAAAAUUCCCAGCAAUUGUCAGCAAAUAUUUUUUUGUAUAUUUAAACUGGUUAAAAAAUUUUUUUGAAAAGAUAAUUCCGAAAGAACGAAGUCGAAGAUAAAAACAUGAACAGAAAUUAUAUUUUUUUUUGGAAAAACUGAAACGUCGUUUAGUUGGUCGGAAAACAAAUCUUACACUCACAUGUGGGAAUGCGACAGGGCAAAGACGAUUAAUUUGUGUUCUGAUUUGUAAUUGGUGUGUACCAGUAUAUGGUAACACAAGGUAUAAAACUUAGAAGAAUUUUCUAGUUUCAAAGUUGCCAACUAAGCACCAAUACCACCAUCAAAACAACAAAAACUGCUGCGUAACUAUAUACAACAAGAGCUGUAAGUCGGUCAACAACCAGCGUACCUAUUUUUAUUAUAGGCAAACGAAGAUGUUACGCAAGUUGUACAAAUAUUUAAUGAUGCCGCAAGAAAGUGGCAAUGGCUAACAGCGAAUCUUGUACGCUUUACUUCAGGUAAGUUUACUAUUCAUGCACAACUAGUAAGAAUGGUUAACUCUUGCAGGUUGAUCAACAUGUCAGGUUGUCAUGUUUUAGCUGAAGUACCGUACUUCUAUUUAUUAAUCGUCGUAAAAUUUAAAUUUUUAUACUUUACAUUUUUUCAGAGGGAAGCGUGCUAAUCUUCGUAACAAGAAAGUUAAAUAGUGAAGAAUUGUCACAAAAUUUAAAGAAGAACGAUUUUGAAUGUAUGUCUUGUUUAACAUUUACCGUAGAUAUAGUUUCAAAAUGUGUUAUAUCAAUGGACUCCAGCGCCGUGCAACGAAAUUCGCACCUCGUCUUUUCCGUCAUGCAUGCCCCUUAAAUCUCCUGAGCAUUCACGCAUUAAUUACUGUAUUUUCUCUUUACGAUCUGCUCUAUGUUUGUGUUGAAUGUUAUGUUCAACCUAAUAUUUUCAAAUAUUUUUAUGCAGUGCUCUUAAUCCAUGGUGAUAUGGAUCAGUUUGAAAGAAACAAAGUGAUCGCAUCUUUCAAGAAGAAGGAAGUCCCGGUCCUUGUGGCAACUGAUGUUGCAGGUAAGAUUCAGGAGGUUGAAAUGUUAAAUUCACUCCGUUGAAUUGUAAAACUGCAUGCUUCCGAGCAGGGCUGGUUGUUUCGACAGCUGAUUAGUAUAGGUAAUCAUGCGAUGUUGCUCGUACAAUUAGGGAUUAAUAGUACGAGUGAUGUUUGGAUAUUUUGCCAAAUUUAUUAUUAGCAUGACAAAAUUGGAUACUUCUCAAUGUCAACAUCAUAUUCUCUCGCCAAAGCUCAGUCCUGCCAGACUUUCAACCAAAAUUUGGUGCUUUUGUUCGUAUUUUCAUUUAGUUCUUUUGUUAAAGCAAAAUUUGGUGCUUUUGUUCAUGUUUUCAUCUUGUUCCUCUAGGGCAAUUUCAUUUCACGUUUGUCUUUAAAUUAGAACAUCUUUCCGCCAUUUUGUUUGUUUUGGGAAAAUCAUUAAUUGUACUGCAGUACAAUUAAUGAAAUAAUUGUACUCGUCUUAACCAAUCAGCAUCAUUUUCUCAUUCAAUUCAAUUUUGUCAUGCUAAUAAUAAGCUUAAUUAUAGGUCAACGAAAAUCCUUCAAGAAAUCUUCCCAACAGCAUGUUAAUAAGAUUGAGAUAAAUAUGGAAAUAUUUUUUCAGCAAUCUUGUCUGGGCCAAUAGAAGUUUUAUUUUUAAAAGUUUUGAAAUAUAAACGGACACGCAUGCAGAUAUACACAAACCAAAAAGGUCAGGUCCCUGUUGUAGAAAUCGAAUUUCUCUUAUUGGUUGCAGACUUGCAGUUUAUAUAGCUUAUACAUCGUGCAAUUAGCCUUUUUGACGCCAUGCGACCAGGCCUUGUCCGCCUGAUAUUUGGGUGGCAAACUGCACGGGGAAAGUAUACUGCAAUAAACAAGAGUGAAUUUAGUGAAGUUAAAAUACAGUACUAUGUUUAUAAGUCCAUUCAAAUCUUGCAGUCGCGCGGGAAUAUUACGUUACCCUUAGAAAUACAUGAGUGGAAAAAAUAAUGUUGAUUACUUUGGACAGCAGUGGAAACCACUGUCUGGAUUCCCCAGAUAAUGGCCUUUCUGAAUUCGGAUUAAGCCAAUUUAAUUGAAAGUGAUCAUUUGGAGCUUUAUCAAAGUCAACUUAAGAAAGUUUGACGGCUAAACAUUUGCCACCCAGGAGGUGGAGGGAGUCAAACAAUUAACCUUUCUCACGCUCGGUUCAUCCUCCAUUUUGGUGGGCACUGCCCGCUCCCGAGAUGUAAGCACCAUGCAGUUGUGUGUAUAGUGGUAAGUUUACGUUUUUUCAGAUUGCUUUAAUUAAUUGUCUAGAAUCUUUAACGAGAUAAGACGUUAAGUCACUUGCAAGGGCUGGAUAGUAAUGUUUCGUAAAGUAGGUUUAAACCUACGAUUUGUGUACGAUUCGUAUUCUGGCGCAUGAAAAUUACUAAUACUGCUGACGCCACAAUUCAUUUUCUUCGCAGCGUGUAAACGUGAUAUACACAGUAUGUGCAUGCUUGGAUGCAUUUCAAUCUUCUUAUCACUCAUGUACUUUGCAUUUCCCAGCUCGUGGUCUGGACAUUCCUUCCAUUAAAACUGUCAUCAAUUACGAUGUUGCACGUGACAUUACCACACAUACUCAUAGGAUUGGAAGAACGGGUCGUGCAGGUACGUCAUUUGAAACGAGUAUUCGAGCCCUUCUCAUUGCAGAAUGCAACACGCCUUUCUUCUACGGGUGCGAAAUGAACAGAAGUCAUUUCUUAUAGGUAAAUGAUCUCGCUGGUGGAUUGGUUAAAUAUUUAUUCAGUGGAAUGGUUAAAUAUUUAUCAAUUAGUCACCGAAGUGGAGGUGAAUAGUGCAAGGAUAUUAGACAGAUUUAGAUCGAGGACGCGGACGUCAAAGACGAC